AUGAAAAAACAAAAUCAUAACCUACAACGAGCUGUAUCCGAUCUUCAGCAGUAUACGCGCUCCAACUGCCUCGAGCUACACAACUAUCCACAGGAAAAGAACGAGGACUUGAUCGGUGUAGUGAAAUCUGUGAGCAAGGCGUUAGGACACGAGCUUACGGAUAUGCAAAUUGACAAUUGUCACCGCCUCCCAACGCGCGACCAAAAAAAAACUCCGCCGAUUAUUAUCAAACUCACAAGGAGAAUUGACAAAGAGGAAAUUCUACGAAGGCGCCGAGUGAAGAGAGAUUUUUCGACCCGUCACUUAAAUCUUCCUUCCGACAUUCCCCUGUACGUGAACGAGAGCCUCGCUCCAGAAAGAAGAAAAGUGUUAGCCCUGGCGAAAGUUGCAAAAACUGAAAAAGCGUACAAAUACCUAUGGAUACGAAAUGGAAAGAUUCUCAUGAGGAAAAGUGAUGGAAAACCGGUAAUAUCUCUUGAGACAGUUGAUGACCUAGAUAAACUGGAAACAACGAAAAGCAAACAGCGUGGUGAAUCCGUCAAUCUAACUGAUGCAGGUAAUGAUGAAUCAAGUGUAUUAAUUAAUGAAUAA